CCCAUCCCCGCGCUUUUAUUCCCCCGACUCCGUCGCACCUCCCCCCACGAUGCAGUCGCGGCUCCUCUCCCUCACCACCCAGAGACCACCGCGCGCACCACCACGGCUCCCUCUCCCUCUCGCACCGUGGCGCCGCCCCCCGUCGCCGCCGCCGCCGCGAUGCCGCUCGCGGUGGGGCCCGACGGCACGGAGGAUCAGCAGGAGGAGGAGCAGUGGAUGAAGGGGGCGCCCAGCGCGCUUGAGGGCCUCGUGGUGGGGAGCUACUGCCACGACGUGCUGCUCCGGGGCGGGCGCGUGGUGGGGAAGACUCUCGGCGGGGCCGCGGCCUUCGUGUCCAAUGUGCUCGACGCCGCGUCGCCUCGGGCGGAGGAGGACGAGGAGGCGCCCUUCGUUGUGGUGUCCAAGGUGGGGCACGACUUCGCGUACGUCUCCGCGCCGGCGCCCGCGCGGCACCCGCCGCUGCUCUGCGCGUCGCCCACCACCUCCUUCCACGCCCAGUUCUCCGACGCCGCCGCCUCGGCCCACGCCCCCGACCGGGAGCUCCGGCGCGUGCGCGCCUGCGACCCGAUCUACCCCGCCGACCUCCCCGAUCGACGCUUCGCCUACGGCCUCGCCGUCGGCGUCGCCGGGGAGGUGCUGCCGGAGACGCUCGAGCGGAUGAUACGGCUCUGCCGCGCGGUGCUCGUGGAUGUGCAGGCGCUGAUCCGGGCGUUCGACGGCAACGGCGCCGUCCGCCACGUGGCUCUUGAAGGGACGCCGUACGCGCGGCUUCUCCCGCGGGUGGCGUUCCUCAAGGCGUCGUCGGAGGAGGCGCCGUACGUGGGGGUGGAGACGGCGAGGCGGCGGUGCUGCGUGAUCGUGACGGAGGGGAGGGAUGGGUGUCGGCUGUACUGGGACGGUGGGGAGGCGCGCGUGGCGCCGUUCCCCGCCGUGCAGGUGGACCCCACCGGCGCUGGAGACAGCUUUCUCGCCGGUUUCGCAGCCGGGCUGUUGUGGGGGUUGUCGGCGACGGACGCCGCGCUGCUGGGGAACUUCUUUGGCGCCGCAGCCGUCUCGCAGGUCGGCGUCCCCACCUUCCAUCCCAAGAUGUUGCAGGCUGUUAAAGAAAUACUCGAGGAUAAGGCAAUAAAACGAUCUAGUACAUGUAUAAACGGCGCUGCUUUUACCUUCGAGAGGUCAAAUAUGCACGAUGAGUUGCACGCAUCUCUCCACGAAGUGGCAAGGCUCAUGUCUGAGCAGCAGCAAAUUGAUCCGGCAAACGGCAAUGGAGAUAUUUGUUCACAUAGGAACUGACUUCACAGUUAAGUUUUUGGCAAAAUAAUGCUGAAGUGCUACCCAGAUUUCACAUUGGGAUCUGUGUAAAUACGUAGCCAACAAAUGGAGAGAAGUUGUGCAUACACUAUGUCUGUAAUAGCUGACGAGAAAAUGAGAACCGAUCAGCUGCGUUGUGCCGCUUGUACGCAUCCCGAUGUGCUAUGUUGAAUCAAUUUGCUCUUAUGAGUUUUGAAGCA